GCAUACUUUGGAACUUUCUCUUUAUACUAACCGAGCGAAGCCAUGGCUGGCGUGCACGCACCUUUUCUUCUGCUCGUACUUGGUGCGUAUGCAGUUGUGACCUCUGGAGAAAACACAGAGGGGGACGCAACGACAGCGGUAGUCCAAGACCAAGUGCCAACGGACGUUGAACCAGAUCCACCUCCACCGGAAAAGUCGUGUGGAAUACGUGCUGAGCAGCUACGGGAAGAGAAUCAGCUGUUAGCAGAGCGCGUCGAGGCCGCAGUGGCCGAGGCAGUGGACACGCUGAAAUCGGCACUCUCUCAACAUACGAAUACGUCUGCCGUGAACACAGUUGAAAGACUGGAUAAUAUCCAAACUUCUGUGGAAGAAAUCUCGAAACGCGUGACUGAUUUCGAGGCCAAUGUGUUGCAACGGCUGACAACAAUUGAAGAAUCAUUGCAGUUAUGUAACCAAACAGAAAAUCUGAAUAAUGUUUCGGAAGGUCUCGAACAGCUGAGUGACACCCCAGAGCGGCUGAGUAAUAUCGAAUCGAAACUUCCAGACAUAGUAACAGGGGUUUCAACUACAGUUGAGGAGUUGCUGAAAAACACUACUUGGAUGAUGAAACACGCAAUCUCUGACGCCAUAGGAUCGCUGAGGAAUACAUUGGAACCAAAAGUAACCCUCACUCGACAUUUUUGGUACGUGGAGAAUUUUUCUGAAUUUGUCCGGAGAGCAACAAUAUCUUCCCCAACGGACGUGUACAGUGACAUCAUGGUUGUAGCUGGCUACAGCAGCAAGAUUAAUGUACAAUUGAAGGAAUUCCAAGAAGGUCUGUUCCUCGGGCUUUACUUUUCCCUUUGUCCCGGGGAAAACGAUUCAUACUUGGAAUGGCCUUUCAGAAUUCCCUACAGUUUGUCAAUUGUCCAUCCCAAAUCCUCUGAACAGGAUCUGAGCAGGAAUUUUUCAAUGGGGACGGCGAAAGAAGAAUACGCACCCUGCUUUUCCAAGCCAAAGAAAGACUGUAAUAGUGCAUACGGCCACGAUGCACUUGCUUCAGUGUCAACUCUGGAAAGCGAUGGUUACGUUAUGGAUAACGCCAUAACAGUUGCACUGACGCUGUACCCAUAGAGUUUCGUUCGUACCCACGUUUCGACGUCUUAUACCCCUGACACACGGGCACGUUUGAACUCCUUUCCACUACUGGUUCUUUACACCAGCAAAGGACACAUUCGCGAAAGGAGUUCGUGCCGGUGACACACGACAUAAGAGCGAACUCCUUUUGGUGUUUCGCUCGAAAAAUAUGCCCAAAGACGUCGCGCUAGAUAUUUCCAUUAGAAUCAGCCUGCACGUACGACAUAGUAACAGUAAACAUAACAAUGCGACCAAUGAAUUCAAAAUACUACUGCAACUGCAAUAUCUGUACGCAGACUUCGAGCACUUGAAAAAUGAAAACAGUCUAGCCUUCGUUCGAGAGUAUUGUGGUAUUGUCCGCCCUUCGUUCGAGGCUACGCCAUACGCCUUUACAGAUGAAAAGGAGAUCGCCGAUCUCAGCUUUCCAAAAGGACCGUUUCGUAAAAGGAGAUUCUCCUUUGCCGUGUGUCCUUUCUGUUAGGUGUCCCUUUGUGUAAGGGGGUUCAUACGUGCCCGUGUGUCAGAGAUAUCACUCAAUGUCCAAAAAACUUCGCGUAAUGUAAAUAGUAAUGUGUCGUCAUCUAUGGACUUAGUGAAUCACCAAAGCCCGGCUCGACUAGAGAUAGGCAAUAGAGUUCACUGGAGGUCAUGGAAUGGCACAACCACAGUGUCAUAAUGACGUCACAGGUGCUCAAGUUCUUCGGAGCAAGUGACCCUCGCGCAACCUGGAUCUGAAUGGACCGGCAGACUAAGAAGAUUCCAGCGUUGAUGUUGAUCCACAGUGAUUAGCUGUGAUGUUGCAACAGAGCAUGCUUCAUUUCUACUACAGCUUUUACCCUACUCGCUGUGGAACUCGCCUGCAGCGCAGCUGCCUGGUCGUGCGUCAAAUAGAUAUCGGAGUCUUCCAAGAAAGUUCAAGAUAUAGCUAGCCCUUACAAAAGUUGACUUCCCCUCUCUAUAGAAUUCUUAACUUCGUUUUAUGACUCUAUCUAGUAUCUAUCCACUGCUACUUUCUAUCCACUUAAUCUAAAGAAACUGUAGAGAAUUCCUGUCGAUUGCUCACCAGUGCUGCUUUCUACUUUCUAUACAUAAGAUGUAUAAGCAUCCUAUACAAGUUAUACAGACACAGGUAUAUACACAACUUAUAUGAGAUUUGAGACAACGCAAUAAAAAUAUAAUUUUAAUACAAA